AAGUGUGUGUUGUUCUGCAGUGUGUGUGGGGCUGCAGGAGUGUAAAGAUGAAGUGUGUGUUGUUCUGCAGUGUGUGUGGGGCUGCAGGAGUGUAAAGAUGAAGUGUGUGUUGUGUUGUUCUGCAGUGUGUGUGGGGCUGCAGGAGUGUAAAGAUGAAGUGUGUGUUGUGUUGUUCUGCAGUGUGUGUGGGGCUGCAGGAGUGUAAAGACGAGCCGCUGGUUCAGGAGACGUCAGUGAAGAGGAUUGUAGUCGGUUCCUCUGGAUCUGCAGCUUCACAGCAGUGCUGUUCACCGGAUCCUGAAGAUGAUCGCCUGCACACUGGACCACGAGUACCAGCCCUACUGCAAACCACAGCCCGAUGUUGUGGAGGAGUCUGUGUGUGUGGUGCCGGAGCAGGUUUCAGCGCUGGAGGAGUUUAUUCCCACCCGUCAGACCAGUGUGAUGUUGAUGAGAGCGAGAGUCACUGUCCCUGCAGCGGAAUACAACCUCCUGCACCUCAUACUCCCUGCUCUACUGGGACACAAGGUCUCGGCUGCGCAGGCCUCCGUCUCUCAGGUCCCGAUCCUGCGUCCUCUUCCGGCUCUUCAGCUGCAGUUCCAGCGCGUCACGUUUGAACAUUCAGAACCCAUGCAGGAAGAGGAAGUGACACGUGCAGCCAGCAGCCUGAGCCAGCCCUCACACACACUCCUGCACCACUGCUACACACACUGCUACCUGAAGGUGUUUGAGCUCCAGGCGGGUCUGACUGUGAUCGACUCAGGAGAGUUUCAGCCCAUUAUUCCCAUCAUCCCCUCCUUCAGCACUGCUGUCUACGGGAAACAGCUCUGUCUGCCUGCGUACUGGGCGAGGAAGGCCUCUGUCCCCGUGAGAGAGUGUGUGUUCGAGCUGCCGCAGGUGUGUGUUCAGGCGACGCGUGCGCAGGUGCUGCUGCUCCAGUGCAUGUAUCGCAGCUGGACACACACACUGGGGGGCGGAGCCUGCAGCGGCAUCAGCGACUGCCUCAUUAGCCACGCCUACAACACUACAGCAGGUGUGAAGCCGGUGUGUGUCGCUCCCGUGCUGGAGGUGUGUGUUCAGCGUGUGGAGCUGAAGGUGUGUGUACGGCCGGCACUGCUGUGUGUCUCUGGAACUCUGGGAGCUGUGAAAGUUUGUGCCAGAACACCGGGUGUGUGUGAAGGCCAGAAGGAGCAGCUGGUUCCACUGGUUCAGGGUCCGUCUGACACCACAGAUCUUCACACGAGACACUGGCUGAUCGGGAGCCGUAAACCUGCGUCUCUCCUGUCUCCUGAUCUCCUGCAGAUCUCACUACAGCUCCCUCAGCAGGAGCACUCACCCAACCCCGGAUCUCGCGCUGAACUGCAGAAUGCGGUCCUGGAGACCCAGAUGUGCUUGGAAGCGUUCCCGCUCUGUUCUUGUGUCUUUAUCUCCCUUUACUCCUUUCCUGAGCGCUUGAACCUCAAAGCGUUCUUCAAAACUGUAACGUUUAAUUACCUUGAAAUGACAUUUAAAUAAUUCCCAGGCCCAUCUGCAUCUCUGGCUCCGCUAGCUUGAAGACGGCCUCGACUUCGCUGCGUUACAUCUGCUUUCCAUUCCAUUGUUUACCAGUGAAUUAAAAAGAAAUUCCAAUUUACUUAGAAAAUGGGAGUUCUGUACUUGUUAAACUCCCGUAGACGCAGACCAAUAUGUUUCUGUUUAAUGAGCCUGAGGUU